AUGCAGGAUGGAUCUCAUCGCGUACACAUACCUUCAAAGGGUGUGACCCAGGAUGAAUCGCGUCGUUCAGCGAUCGAUCCUAGCGUCACUCCAACAUCCAGCAGGCCAGUUACUCAAAAGACGCUGACGUUGUCCGCUAUCCAACAAUAUGCGCUACGAAACUUCGAGGCGGCAUUUGAAUGUCUCCCAAGUACGGACACGAUUCACAUCGAGACCAUCACCGACUACGAGAAGCCUGUUCCUCGAAACAAAAGUAAAGUCAGGAAUGUUCGUCUAGUUGUGGGUCAUAUGGGUGGUCAUAUCCGUUUCAAAAAAGAUGUAUUUGCCUAUUUGACGGAAGAAAAUGACUUUCUCCGUGCAGUGUUUUACGUCGGAAAUAGAAAGAUUGAGGAUUUGGCGUAUCUUGCCGGCGACCUCUACAAACCUUUCUGCGACAUUUUCUGCGCACAGGAAAUGGAAACCGCUAUGCAGAGUCAACUGACGGCCUUGGUUUUGUAUUACAGUGCGGCGUCCGGUCUUUUGACGAGCUUUCGCGCACAAGAGUCUUUCUGGGAUCACCUUGCGGCCGCUUGUAUGAAGGUGCAAGAGAGAGUUAUGCAAACAACUUCACAGAAUGCCAAUGGCGAUGACGAUGUGAGCAUCGCUCGAACAGAUGGAGCGAAUGACAUUGACCAUGCUGCCAAUCUCAACACGCACAUCACCGCCACACCGAAUACCCAAAUAUCAACGUGGUUGAGGAAGACUGCCCCGAACCAGAGCGUGGCUAGGAAAAGGCCACUGGAUGAAGGAACUGAAGACAGUCACCCUGUUACAAACCAAGAUACGCCCUCAACCAGAAAAGCACGCGAGGAGACACCUGACAUUGACGUCUUUGUCCAAGCUUUUAAAAAACUCAAGUCUGACAAGCACAGCUUGGAGGCCAAAGCCAGCGAGACCGCAGACCUACAGAUGCGCCUGGAAGAAGCACAUCAAAAGGAGAUUGCAGAACUACAGGACCGUCUUAUACAAACACACCAGAAGGAUAUGGCCGACCUGCGGAGCUCCCUCGAAGAGGCUCAUAAUGUAGAGAUUGCCAACCUAAAAACCCGCCUUGAAGAGACACACCGUAAAGAAAUCAACGACGUACGACUUCUCUUUGAAGACGAACAACGGACGGAAAUCCUGAAGACAAAGGAGCGAGUGACUGCCGACAUGAUGCAUCUCGUCAACGAGUCAGACCGAAAGCUAGCCCACGCCAAAUUCAAACUGUCCAGCGUGGAGGAGAAAUGCAACGCAGCCGAACAGCGCCACCAAGCCGCAGAAGCCCAGCUCCGCACAGCAGAAAACGACCGUCACAUCCUCCACACAAACAACGAGACUUUGCACGAACAACUCCGCAUCUCGCAAGACAAAGCAGACACCGACACAGCAACCAUAAAAUCCCAAAGCCAGAUCCUAGACUCCAUCUGGAAGCAAAAACAGACCCUCGAGCGCGAAAUCACAAACCUAAAAGCCACAGCAAAAGAAUCCCAACACAACGUCGUCUUCCUCGUAACCACCAGACAAGAGCUCCGCAAGCAAGUCCAACACCUCACCGCUGCGCUCAAACAGCACGAAGCAGACUCCCUCGCCAAACACACAACCACAGAGCUGAAGCAGCAACACCUAGUGCAGCAAAACCACGACCUCAAAGCCCAAGUCAAGGCACUACACACCGACCUCACGAAUGCCCAAAACGCCCGGCAAGACCAAUACGAACACCUCACCCAGCAGAACCAGGCCCGAAUCGCAGGUCUUCAAUCCGCCGCCGAAACCUCCAAUAACCGCGCUGCAAAAUCUGCACUCCGCACCGCUGCCCUUCUUGCCGCGCUGUCCUAUCAUGUAGACCGCAACACCGCCCUGCAAACUACACACGAUGCCUUGCAAACUGAGCACGAUGCCAUACAGACUGAACACGAUGCCCUGGAAACUGAGCACGAUGCCCUACAAGCCACCCACUCCGCGCUGGAAACCCAAUUCGCCCAUCUGCAGCGCGAGAAGCAGACGCAAAGCGCGACACUAGCACAAGUCAUUGCGUGGCGGCGGGCGGAGAGUAUAAGUUUCAGUGCGCAGGUGGAGAGUUUGGAGGAGGCGGUUAAGGCUGGGGUGGGCGAGUUGCGGGCGUAUAAAGCAAGGGUAAAGGCGGUUGUUGAUGCGAUUUAG